AUGGAGGCGCCCUCCGAAGGACGAGGCCUCGGCCCCGAGCGCAGCGGCCGUUUCCGGGGCGUGGAGGUUUUGGCACCGAUGGUGAAAGGGGGCACCUUGCCUCUGCGGCUGGAGAGUCUCAGGUAUGGGGCGGACCUCGUGUGGGGUGAGGAGAUUAUCGACCGCAAGAUCAUCGGAGCCGUCCGCACGGAGAACUCGGCCUUCGGCGUGGUGGAGUUCGUCUCCCCAGAUGAGCAGGUGACUGUGUUCUCUACUUGCGCGGAGGAGAGGUCCAAGGUGAUUUUCCAGCUGGGCACCGCCAGCCCCGUGCAGGCGCUGCAGGCCGCCCAGACCGUGUGCAAUGAUGUGUCGGGCAUCGACAUAAACAUGGGCUGCCCCAAGUCCUUCAGCGUGAAGGGCGGCAUGGGUGCGGCCCUGCUGGACCAGCCGGAGCUGGUGGCGGAUCUCCUCAAGACGCUGCGGAGGGAGCUGCCAGCGCAGACGACGCUCACGUGCAAGAUCCGGAUGCUGCCCUCCACACAGAAGACGCGAGACUUCAUGCAGGUCUGUGAGCGCAGCGGCGCCGAAGCUAUCACCGUGCACCUUCGCCUGCGGCAGGAGCGCCCUGCCGAGCCGGCGCAUUGGGACGAGCUGUGUCGACUGUGGGACGCUGUGCAGAUUCCGGUGCUGGCGAAUGGCGACUUCUUCAACCGCCGGCAAAUCGCCGAGUUCUGGAAGCACUGCGGCAAAGGCUCCGACACAGCAGCUGGUUGCCCCGCCGGGGUGAUGAUCGCCAGGGGUGCGCUUUGGAAUCCGAGCAUCUUUUGUCGUGAAGGCUCGAGUGAGCCACCGGGCUUCGAGGAGAUGAUCCAAUCCUACGUUCGCACAGCCGUGGCCACCAAUGCCAACUACCAAAACACGAAGUGGGUCCUGGGUCAGAUGCUCGUGGCAGGCACGGGCGUGCUCGUGCCCACCUCCUUCAAGGGCACCAGCUUGAAGACCCUGAGCCGCGACCUCGCCUCCGCGAAGUCCAUGGCAGGCCUCUGCGGAGUCAUCGGAGAGCCCUACAAGGCCGAGGCGUACCCGGCGCGUUCCCACAGCGCCGGCUUCUACAAGGGCUUCCAGAAGUUGCAGCAGGGGCAGCAGGCGCCCGCGGACAGGUUUGCCGAGGCUUCGCAGCUUGCGGAGCCAGAGGUGGAGACGGAGCCCUCGGCGGCGGGACCCCGCAAGGCCCGAAGAGUGGAUGCCGGCGGAGAAAAAAGGAAUGUGCGGGCUUCCGACAGCAUGUGGCGGCUGCGGCAGCAAGCUUGGAGGCCGCAGGUGGAUCUCCGAGACGAGCUCUUGAUUCCUUCAGCUGCCUCCCGGCCCAAAUGGCACUUCCUGGCCGCUCUUGGCCUUUCCGCGCCAAUGCUCUGCCUGCUUUGCUUACCUCAAGAUCGAGGGCUGAUCUCUUCCACGCGCCUGAGCCGGGCAGUCUUCCUCCAGGAUGCCAACGUGGAGCAAGGGAGCGAUGGGGCGAGCGGGGCUCCCGCUCGCGAUUCCUCAGUCGGAGCUGCUCGGUUUCCUUGGCAAGAUGCCUGUGCUCCUCUCGUCAAUGGCACGCGGGACACCGUGCCCUUCGCGCUUGGUGAGCCUUGUUGGCAGCAGUGCUCCGACGCCAUGUCCGACGCCGUCCUCGCAAGCUUCGUGGGCGAAUGGCACAGGCAGCUGAUGAGCUCCAGCUUUGGCGUGCGGUUCUUUCGCUUCACACCGGGCUGGCACGCAUUGCUGCAGUGGUACAGCUGCAUCUGGCUGUUUGCCGUGGCCGCCGUGAUCUGCAACAUGGCCUCCCACUGCUGCCUUCAAUCGAGGACCGUGGAUGUUGACAUCACUUUGCGGAAACUUGCCGAAGCGAUCGAUCUGGCCAUCACGCAGAACUCCGACGCCAUACUCUUUGAAACAGUCGAGCAAGCAGCCACACUGGUCGAGACAGAUGAUGAGGAAGCAGGAGCUGUGGCUGCAGCACCCUUGGAGCUCUGUGGGGGUGGUGCUCUCUCCGACGCCUGGGGCUCCGGCGUCAGCAUCCGACCCGAGUCCUUCGAAGCCGUUCGCAGCAAAGUGCAGGGCCUCAUGGCCAAGUUGGAGUUGGAGGAGGAGAGGGAAGAUAGCCCCGUCGAGGAGCCUGACGGAGAAACGUCGCCUGCGGUGUUGACCUUUUUCUUCUACACCGAAAGCUUCAGACGGCCGGUCGGUUACAUCGAGCUGGCGCUCAAAGUCGUCUUCUUCGUCUUCUACGUCGUCUUGCACUGCUGGUUUUGCUGCAUCCUGCAAGCCGCGAUCAUGGCCGCAGGGUGGGUGGACCACGAGGAUCUGCUCUUCCAGCAGCACAGCUGGGCAGAGCCCUGGCUUCAUGUGCCGCUGCAGGUGAGGCGGCUGAUGCACUUGGAAAUGUUGCCGAUGCUGCCUUGCCACAUUGCGUUGUUGGUGAUCUUCUUCGUGCUUCUGAGUCUGGCAACGGCCUUCUUCGAAGCCGCGUCGAAGGCUCUGCAGCAGACCCAGCGGUGGACGAAUCGAUUCUAUGCAAGCUUCGUUUUGGCAGACAUUGUGCAAGAUGGCUUGAGGACAAGUUCGAUGAUGUCGAAGAUCACUUCGCUCGUGUUCUUCCUGAUCAACUUGCUGGUGAUAUGCCUGUGGGCCUUAAGCACCAAGCAUGGCUUGGUCUGGUCCUGUUCCAAAGCGUAUUCCAGCUUCCUCUUCGGCUGGCUACCUGACUGGGCUCCGCUUGCGGCGGGCGUUGUGUACGGCGCUCUGUCCGUCUUUCACGGCUACACCUUGAGCAUGCACGCAACCGUUCCCCAUGUGGAAGGACCGAAGCCCGACAAGUUCCAAUUUGGUUGCAUCCCCGACACGUGGGUUGCCUACAAAGAAGUCUUCGUAACCACCGUCGGCAUCUGGUUUGACACCACAAUGGACGUGGGCCAAAGCAUGAUCUUUUUUCGUGCGGGCCAGCCCUUCUUUGCCACAAUCAUCUUCGUGGGAGUUGGCAUGCAGAUCAGCAUGCUUUGGAUUGACUCCUUGCGGAAAGGCGCCUGGGACGUGCAGAAGCUUCUCGCAGCUUUCUUGCAAUCCGACACGAUCCAGGCAUGCAGGGGAUCAUGGAGCAAGGGCAUGUUGCUAUCGGAGCUGUACGAAAAGGCUUACCGCGAAGCUGCCAGCGAAGCGUACUUGAGCUUGCUUGUGGGGAUUUUCGGCUUGGUGACUGUGCCUCUCAACAGUUCAUUGGACAUGUGUUUCUUGCUGGUGUCGGUGCUCUUCUCUUUGAAGUCGGUGAUGACCGGCGUGUCAAUGUCGGCCGAGCUGUUAUCUGCAGAGGAAGAAGUUCGGUGCGGACAUGGCGAUCUGGUUCCUUGCUGCUUUCCGUUAAUUCCCCAUAACGACUACUACAAGCGCAAGAGCUUCGCGGCCCAGCGAAGCUUGCAUGUGGUGAGCAUCUUCCGACUGAGCGAAGCUUUGGCGGUCGCGUGCACCCUGGCAGUCUGCAUCAGGUGUGGCAGCGUGGUGACCACGUGGAAGGUGUGCUACUUCGUCGGCCUGUUCAGCCUUGCGCUGGUCUUCGCACUCGUGGUGUCUCGCGGCGGCUGGGCGUCGCUCCGCCGCUUCACGGAGCUCUGGGAGACCUUCGUCGGGACCUUCGGGCUGGAGGGCGAUUGGGAACCUGUGGAGGGCAGUGCACCGAGCCUUUCCUUUCGCGGCAGCGCCGUGAAGCUUCAGUAUGGAGAGGGCAGUGCUGAAUCCAAGCAGUGCAGGCGGUACCCAUGUGGCGGGGACAUCAGCUCCUUCCAACUGCUGGACGGCCAGCAGCAGCAAGAGCACUCGGUGGUCUCAACGAAGUGGGUGCUGGCCUUGCAAGGGGAACAGCUGCAUUCGCGUUGGGCGGCCUGGGCGCGGACUGGUAGCAUGCAAAAGUGCACCGGCUUCUACCUUCGAGCUGCCAUCUUCGUGAUGGCGACUGCUGUGGUAGGUGCCCUCGGUUUGUUUCUUGCCAUGCUGGUGGUGCCUGCGUGGCAGGUGAUGCUGUGGAGUGGCGCGGUCACCAGACCCAGCCAAGAGCAAAAGGACAUGAGCGAUGUCGUUUCCAUACCGUCGGAUUUCGCUACGCACUUGUGCCAAAAGUGCCUUUGGCUCCUAAUCACUUGGUCGCUGCUGUGUGGUUCCUUCCUCAACGAAGCCGUGUCCCCGUUCAGCCUCAACACUAUGGUUGCAGAGAUCAUCGUGCAAUUGAAGGACGGUGCGAAGGAAGACGGCUUGUCGCUAGCUCUGCUGUCCAACGUCAACUUCGUCUCAGGAGCAGUUGGACUGGUGACAGUUCUGGGUGGACUCGUUGGAAGCAUCGCUUUGCCUGUGUGUGCCCAUUGGCUUCACAUUCAGCGGUGCCGCUGGAGGCGAGAAGAUGGACGUUUCCAGUUCCACCUUGCGAACACCAUGCUUCGGGCUUGCCACCGACACUUCUCUGUUGUAAAGCAUAGGCAGUAUGCAGAGAUGCUGAGCAAGGAUGCAGCUGCCGAGAUGCUGGAGACCCAGUACUCGUUGGGUAUUCGCCCGUCUCGCACUGAAGUGGGAAUGGUGUCGCUGAUCGUGGAGGCAGUCAUUGAUGCGGUAUACGGCAAAGCGAACCGGGUGCAUUUUCAAGAGUUUAGCCUGCCUGUCUUGCAAGUGAUCGAGCUACAGAAGCACCUCAGCAGCAAACACACCAGCGACAGGCAACCUGUCCUGGUCCCGCAGUCCUGGUCCCAGAACGAAACACUUCAGGGUUGGCACCUCUGUGGUGGCGGCGAUAUUCUGUCCGUUGGGUACGGAGAGCCAGUUCUGGGUGGUCAGCUAAAGCAUCUCGUUCAUGGUGUUCGUAAAUCCAAUGCCCCGAAGAUCAAACUGGUCUUUAGCAAGCCUGUUUCCGAGAUUCCCGGUAUGAUGGGCUGGGCUGAGAGGCUGCUGCGGGCACAGUUCACUCAUGUAGCAAAGGAUCGCCGACUGAGUCAUGUGCUUGGCGACCUCUCAAAGGUUUCGACCUUACUCCGAGAUGGCUGCCUGCCACGCUUUCCGGCAGAACCCAUGCUUGCUCUCAGCAAGCGCUACCAGCUGUUGGUUGACGGCAUGGAGACAAUGCGGCACUCCAUCAGCUGGAGCACGGAGCCUCUUCCCACACCGGCACCCAAACCCGGGAUGGUGGCUUUUUAUGCCUCAGACGAAAGCAUCCAGAACCAGGCACUCGAGAUGCUCGUGGGAACCGCUGAUGUCGACUUUCACCUUCAGUUCUUCGGUUUCUGUCUGCAGAGGCUGACCAGUCAUGCCCUGAAUGAAGUCCAGCGACAAGCAGAAAAGAAGCGCUGCAUGUUGUUCCUGAACAGCUUGCGACAGCACGGAGACGCCAGCAAGAAGGCCUUUGCACAUCCGGAAUUUCUUGCGCUCCUGCGAAAGGUUGCUGAGUUGGACGAGAUGCAGCAUGAUCUUCUUCCGUUUCUGCUCCUGGCACGAGAUGAAAUAUUGCUGGAGCCUUUGUUACAACAGAAAGAAGAGCUCGAGCGUCUCACUGUGGAGAUUCAGCAUUGGCACAAGAGCCAAAUCACGAUGGACGACCAGGGAGACCAGCAGCCGAUUUUCGUUUCGUCCGGUCAUCCUUACCAACAUAGCAUGCAGGAGGUCGUGGCCAUACCCAAUGCCAAGGGGCUCACGGUUGUUUUCAGCCCUGCCAGCGCCACGUUGAACAGCAAGAGCUUGCUGAGAAUCACUCCAUCACAGUCAGUACGUGGAUCUGCGGCAAGGUCAUCAGGAACAGCAGCAGCAGGGGAGGUGCGCGAGUUCUACGGCUCCGAUAAGCAAAGGUGGACUGUCUGCGACUUUGCUGGUACAGAAUGCUUGAUCUUCACUUUCGAAACGGAUGGAGCAGGCUCAGCUGAAGAGCGUUAUGGUUUCACCGCGGCGAUCUUGCCCACGCAAAGUGGCAUAGAUAGGGAAAAGUUGGGCAAACUGAGCACGGACCUAGAAUCAACUGCCCUCAUGAUCAGCAAUGAGCUGGAAACGCGAGAAGCCAACAAGAGCAAGCAGCGGCCAUUGUUUGUCGUGCUCUUGUCGGUCAUGAAGGAGUAUGCUUUCUCUGGUGAUUCUCAGCAGGCAGCGAAGUUGCUCCAUUCGGUGUUGACGUGUCUCGGCCGCUCCACGUGGCUGGAGCCCGGUCACACCGAAGUUCUUGUAGCCGAGAACCUCGGGCUGCAGUCCGUUGCCACGCUUGUGCAGCAGGCCAUGUCCACUGCAUCUGAUCAGGCUCGCACAGUCUUUGAAGCCUGGCUGGAAAACAUCAAGAAAGCAUAUCAGUCUCGCUCAGAAGAUGCCAGGACGUGGGAGCUUGCGUUGCCGAUCGUUGAGCAGGUCGGCCCUUGCUUGGGAGACCUGCGCUUGGAGCUUCUCAAGGAAUCUUUGGCCAAGUUGGAGACCUUGCAUGCGGCCGUAUCCACAGCAAGCAAGCAGUACUCGCUGGCGCAAGGCAGGAUGCGCUACCACGCCUGCGACCAGUUGGCACUUCUCAUUGCAAGCCGCAAGCUCCCCGAGGGAGUUCGACUGGUCCAGAGCUGCCAUCCGUACGCUGCGCAAGGCCAUGAAUUUAAAACUAGCCUGGACAUGACGGUGAAGUCCGACUCCGCCGAGCCUCUGGAGGUGAUGGUCGCCUUCGCGCCUUGCAGUUGCACGUUCGACUCCGCUGCAGAAGUGACGAUCCCAGGUUCACAGGGUUUGUCUGGUGGAGCUGCGUGGUCGGCAGAACCCGUGAAGCUGGAGGUGGGAAAGAAGCUGACUGUAGGCUUCAAGACAGAUGGCGACGGACGUGAGUACUCCGAACGGCGGUGGGGUUUCUUGGCCCUCUUCGUGGACAGCCGCACGGCAAGCUUCAGCAACUUGGCCCAGGCGGCAGAGAAGAUCGCGGAGAGGAUGUCAGAAGCUUCGACGGAGGCUUCCUGCACUAACCAGCUGUACCUGGAUGCUGUGGAAGCUGAGGCCGCAUUUACGCAGGCAUACGAGGAAUUCAUGUCGCAACUGGAGGAGAUGUUGGCAUCCAUGGGAAGCGCUACACGCAUGCAUCGAGGUGUUGAAGAUACAUGCAGGCAGAUGUGCAUCUUCCUGGCAGGCAUGUGCAGAUGGUUCGAUGGCCCAGAGCUGAGGAAUUACUUGAUGCAGUGGAAGCAGAAGUUCCCAAGCCUGGGGGAAAGUAUAGCGGACUCCCGCAAGACAAAUGCGACAAGUAUGUUCUGGUGCUUCAACGAUGAGGGUUCAAUGGUCAAUCAUGGCGAGAAGCUUACUGACCAGUUCUUCUACUGCGGCCAGCAGAUUCAAGGGACAGGGGAGUCUUGCUCCCAAGCAACACAGUGCAAAUCUUGUGGGCGCUUCCAAAGUGAGGUGCUCCAAGGCUACACCCGCCAAACCGGGAUAGUGCCGUCAUUCGCAGAAGAAGCUCGUCAGGACUUUGAAGAAGUCACUGACUCAAAGCAGCUACGCACAUCCAAGUAG